UUUUCAAAGACGGAUAUAAAACGGGGACGUGGCGGUAUUACCAAUAUGGCAACAGUUGUCGAAAUGACAAUUGAAAAAAUCGACGAAGUGAAAUCUCGACUUGGAAGGUUUGGCGUUUUUCUCCAAAAACCCCCGGUACUCUCGCGACCCUAA